AUGGCGACUGCAGAGGUGCUAAUCGCUCCUGCCCAGGAGAACGUGGACGCGCCGAGCCGCGAGAUUGGCCAAUGCCGAUUUUGCCUGGAGAGCGGUGGCGAGCUCAUCGCGCCUUGUCUUUGCUCAGGGCACAGCAAGUGGGUGCACCGAAAGUGCCUGGACCGUUGGCGUGCGGAUGGCCGCGGGCCGCGGAGCUUCACUCACUGCCCCACCUGCCACUUUGCGUACCUCCUGGCGCUGCAGCGCGCGCCCACGGAGCUGCAGCGCGACCUCCGGGAGAAGCGCCGCGCGGUGCUGCGCCAAGCCGCGGGCCACUUCUUCCUGGCUGCCGUUUGCAUACAGCUGUUCCUGUGCCUGUUCGCAGUGCUCCUGAGGGCCUGCGACCCCUCGGAGCGGCUGGUGGCGUUGCUGCCCUUCAGCAGCCCCAUCGCGGCCCAAGAGGGCAAGGCGAGCUUCUUGGACGCCUUCCGGUACCACAAAGCCACCUACUACUUCGCUUCCUGCGUGCUCUCCGCGGCCAUGCUGGGGCUGGGGAUCCUGGUGCUGUGGCUGGUCAGCUGUCUCUCAUGCUGCCGAAGAGCGACGACGCCUGCGCGGGAGCUCAAUCCCCAUGUCCGAAGAGUCGGCGACACUUACUGGGAGUUCUGCUGCGAGCCCAUCUUGGAUGACCCUCAGCACACCUAUCUUCAAGCGCGCUGCUGCAGUGACUGCUGCCGUGCCUGCUGCCGCUACAACGGGCCUGUGGGGUCCAUCAACCACGUCUCACUGGACUGCUGUGACUGCAGCCGCUGCAUGGACAACGCCCACCUCGGAGGUAGCAGUGGCGACGACUCCAACAACAUCGGCGGCACUGUGAUUGCCAUCAUCCUUGUGGUGAUCCUCUUUCUGGCAAUCAUCGGCAUCUUCUUCCUCAUGCUCGCCCUGGUCACAUGGAUUCAGAAGGUCGCCUCCCGGUAUGUGGCGCUCCAGGAGCUGAGGGAGCUCACGACCGAAUACGUCGUCCAGGACCUAUCGAACCUGAUGCCGAAGGCAGUUCAGGAGAACUCUCACGGCUUCGACGUGGAGAGCGGCUCUGCGCCUCCGCUGGACUGGGUGCCGCGCAUGCCCCAGGAGGUUCGGGUGAACCUGGGCCCGGACCUUCAGGCAGUGCACCUCGGCGGGGUCUUAUCCCUGGUUCUGUACGGCCUCCAGUCCCUGUGA